UCCGAGUUCAGUUCAGCUUCGACGCUUUUCGUCUUUCGGCGCCGCACCAGCAACAGCUCCGUCGUCUCGAAACAAUCGAAAUCGGAGUGGAGUGGAGUCGAGUGGAAGUAUAGGAGGAGUAUAUAUCGGAGUGUAUCGGAAAUCGCCGGAUCCAUUCAUUCCAACCACCGAGACCGAUCUCUCAUUAAAGAAAGCUGGUCAAAUCCAGCACAACUUUUGGUUCAGUUCGGUUUCACACUCGGAUGCGAGCAGUACUACUCUUCGCGUAGUUUUCUCCUCAAACCUCAAACUAAAUCAAUAAAAACUCGAUCAAUAAAAAAAACUGAAAAAUAAUUAAAAACUAUAUACCAUAAAAUAAAAUAAACAUUUUUUUGCAAGUGUGGUGUUUAAAACAAAGUGAUUUAUAAAUUGCAUAAACAAUUAAAACACUAUUUUGGAUUAACAUCAAGGAUUGGAAAAAGGAGAAUCCUUGCCCUCAUCUUUAUAAUUCAUCUAUUAUGCGGUUUGGUUGGCAGCGAGCUGCAACCAAAGCUAAAGACGGCAAAACGGCAGCCGGCAACGGAAACGGAAACGCCACACCGGGCGGCAGACGAGGAGGAGGCGACGGAAAAGGACAAGAAAGAGGAGGCAAUAGCGGAACUAAAUACCGUUCAGUUGGAGAUGCGGCUAUGGUCCUGUUGCUUGUAAUCGUUAUCCUGCUAACCGCUCAGUUGCCACAAUUGGCGGAAUCGCGCAGUACCAAUAAUGGCCUAAUACAACCAUCAACAACAACAUCAGCAACAACAACAAAUAUAACAAAUAUUAGUACAAGUACUAACGCCACCACCAUACCCACGAGCAUCAACAUCAUAAGCACCAUCAUUAGUUCCAGUUCCAGUUCGAGUUCAAGUUCGAGUUCUAGUUCAAGUCCAAGUCCAAGGAAACGUCACCGGAAACGGAAUAGCAACUGGAUCGAUUAUCGAAAUUUUAAUGAAAGUACCACCGCACUGGAGUGGGUGAAUCCUUGUACCGGCAAUUAUCAUCCAUCGGCGGGUAAUCGUCGUCGUCGUCGUCAGCGUUCCAGGCAGAGAUUCAAUCAAUUGAAGCAUCACGCCUUUAGUGAAUAUCGGACCUUGAACAGCUCGCAGGACUCGGCCAUUGAUAUUCGUAAUAUGAACAUGUGGUCCUUGCACACACACAACUAUAAGUUUCUGCCCAAGCUUAAGCCAAACUCAACGAUUGCUCUGAAGCGCUGGUACCGCAACAUGCAAACGUACGUGGCCAGCUUCGCGUACCUGCGCCGGCUGCAGAUCCGUUGGGAUCAACGGUCCAUAACCCGGGAGUCGCGCACCGCCCGCGAACUGCGCGAGCUGCUUUUGAGUUCGCGGCGCAUCCUCUGCGAAUUGGAGACGGCCGUCAACCAGACGCAGAGUCCGCGGCUGAGGCAGAAGCAGCGGCGCAGUAACGUUGCGGCGGUGCACGUUCUAAUGCCUAGUAUGGCGACCGUGACACACAACAACAACAACGAUGAUGAUUAUAAUGAUGAUGUUAUGAAUGCCAAUAAUCGAAAUAGUCCUGUUAGUGAUGUGGAAAAAUUACCACAAAUAUCGCGUCUUGAGAUGAACAAACGUUUGAAAUUACGUUCAAAAAUGUCGUAUGAAGGCUCCACCGGCGGGGAUCCUACAACGGCGGCAGCCGCCCUGAGUGAAGCGGAUGCGAUCGAUAUGCGUUUUGUGAAGCAUCAUUAUUAUGAUUUUUUGCGAACCAUGUGGCAGCUAUUGCGUCGUGAUGGUAAAAUGGAGAGGAAACGUCAUCAGCGUCGCCAGCAGCAGCGCCAACAGCAACAACAACAGCGCAAGCAGAAGAAACUCCAGCAACAACAACAACAACAACUGUUGAAGAAAUCUGCAGAAGAAUGGCAAAAUAGUUCAACAUUAAUGGAGAAUCGUAAGGAGUUUAAUGAGGUGUCAAAGCCGGCGCAGGAUACGCAGGAUAUGCAGGUUAUGCAGGGGGCGGAAAUGGGUGUAAUGGCGGCGCCACAGAAACGUGGCGGCGGCGGUAGGCGGCGUGGCAAGCGGCAGUCGAGAGGUGCCACUAAACGCGUGCAGCGCACGUGAGGCAACCACCCACACCAGCCUCCUAGCCCCUGUCCCCGCCCCUUAAUUUAACCGUUAAUCGAUCAAUCGUAGCUUAAGUAAAUUAUUUGAUUGCCAGCACAAAAAAAAAGAAAGAAAAUCAUUAUCUAAUUAAUAUUAUUUUUUUUUUUUUUUGCACACAUGAUGACACACAUUCCAACAAGUAUUUAUUGAAUAUUUAGAAUUAAGAAGCUAAUUUUAAAAACAAAUCUUGAAAAUAGCAGUUGCCGUUUCUAGUCACAUAAGAGCAACCGCACCACCUCCUCCCCACCAGGCACCCCCUUAAAUGAAAGUAUUACUUAGCCACGCCCUUAGCCACCCCCCA